CGGUCUGCGCGUCUGCGCCUGCGGCGGCGUCUGCAUCUGCAUCGGCUGCAUCACUUCCAUCACUUCUUUUCAAAGGAGUAAAGCUUUUUCAAAGUCACUGGAGCUUGUCGUAAGACCAGUUUGAACUAAAUAGAAUCAGAUAUCUGUGCAAAUAUGCUGCCAUGGUUGAAGAAGCCCAUCAGAGGACUCCUGCUCGACAUCUGUGGCGUCCUCUACGAGAGCGGAGACACCAAAGCCAUCGCAGGCUCCGUAGAAGCCGUGAAGAUGCUACGCACGUCGAAAAUACCGUUCCGCUUCAUCACGAACGAGACGCAGAGGACGAAAGCUCAGCUGCUCAGCCUCUUGCAUCGGAUUGGUUUCGAUGUCUACGAGAAUGACAUAUUCAUGUGCGUGCCCGCGGCCAAGAAACUCGUCCAGGAAUUCGGGUACCGCCCCUACCUGCUUGUUCACCCGAACGUGGAGUCGGAGUUCCACGGCUGCGACACUUCAAACCCCAACUGUGUCGUACUUGGAGACGCCGGUGUUCACAUGACUUACGAGAGGUUGAACCAAGCUUUCCGGGUGCUCAUUGGCAAUCCAGAAGCAGUCUUGAUGUCACUCGGCAAAGGGAAGUUCUACAGGGAGCACGGUGAAUUGGUGCUAGACGUAGGACCUUUUGCGGUUGCACUGGAGAGUGCCUGUGAGCGCCGGGCCAUCGUGAUCGGCAAGCCCAGUGAGCAGUUCUUCAACAUGGCCCUCGAAGACAUGCACCUCCGCGCCGACGAGGUCGUCAUGAUUGGCGACGACAUCUCGAGCGACGUGGGCGCGGCUCAGAGCGUGGGUUUCCGCGGAGUCCUUGUGCGCACCGGAAAGUACCGGUACGUCACCGCCGUGCGCAGGUACCAGCCCCGCCGCACAGAAGUAACCGCGCGCCGCUUUUCACUGCAGGCCUUCCGACGACAGCCACCCCACCGUGAAGCCCGAUGCCAUUGUUGCCAACCUCGCGGAAGCUGUGGAGCAAAUCGUUGCGCACCAGCCGAGCCACAAAUUCGAUACGUCGUCGUAACGAGACUCAAUAAAGCACGAAGUCUUAAUCGUAAUCGGCUGGCUAAAGCACAAAGUCCUGAUCGGCUGGAUGAAGUACAAGGUCCCGAUCGGGAUCGGAUGGUGGUGUGUCCGUGCUGGGGUUGA